UGGCUGUGUCAGCCAGAGGGCAGGGCCUCCGGUGAUGCAUCAUCCACACGUACCAGCACAGCAGGACAGAUCCUCUCAUAUUCUCCCUCCCCCUCUCCCUACCUCUCACACCGCUCUCCACAGAUACGCCAAAGCAGCAACUGCAGCAGAGUGCAGGGCCAGCAGGAUUCUCCUCCCCGCUCUACAGCAGCAGAGAAACCCCAGCUCUCACUGUCCACGGCAGAGAGCAACGCAGAUCGUUUAUGGAGUAUUCUCUGAGGAGCAUCUGACCUGCACACUGUUGAGCACGUAGGUUUUCCUCCAGCUGUCAGAAGCGGUUGCGUGCUCUCCUAAUCGUUGCCAUCCCUCCUUUUGGAAUUACCUCCGCCGUUCCCUGCCCUACGCCCCUUCAUCCUCAUUUUAAGGAUAAGAUGCUUGGCUGUACGCCCCUGUGCUGAGGAGGCGUCAGCGAGCAGCAGCAGCAGCAGCAUGGGCGCUGGGCUGGACAGAAUCCCCACCAUCCCCUCCACCACCACCAGUCUAACACCAGCAGAUUGCCCCAUCGACGCGGGCGCUCCACCCAGCCCUGCUGAUGGGCGAAGACACUGACGCUUCACCGACGCUCAACCACCACGGCUUCCUCCCCGACCACAACUAUGUGACUGAUGGGCUGCUCCUGGCUAUAGCCUGAAGAGCUCCGCCCAUCCCGUCCACCCCUCUCCACCCUGGAGUCCUCCCCAAAGAUGUUGAGCCCCAUCCAGGUCCUGUGCUCUGACAUCACUACCCUUUCUCUGGAGCCUGAGCCGUUUGCCUCUUACACAGAAGCUGAUAUCAUCUCCACUGUUGAGUUCAACCACACAGGAGAGCUCCUGGCCACGGGGGACAAAGGGGGCCGUGUGGUCAUCUUCCAGAGGGAGCCUGAGAGCAAGACUGAACCUUUUUCCCAAGGAGAGUACAACGUGUACAGCACCUUCCAGAGCCAUGAGCCAGAGUUUGACUACCUUAAGAGUUUGGAGAUUGAGGAAAAGAUCAAUAAGAUCCGCUGGCUGCCUCAGCAGAACGCCGCACACUUCCUGCUCUCGACAAACGACAAGACCAUCAAGUUGUGGAAGGUGAGUGAGCGAGACAAACGGCCAGAAGGAUACAACCUGAAGGAUGAGGAAGGCCGCAUCAAAGAUGUCUCCACAGUCACCUCCUUACAGGUUCCCGUGCUGAAACCCAUGGAUCUGAUGGUGGAGGUGACCCCUCGGCGAGUGUUUGCCAACGCUCACACUUAUCACAUCAACUCCAUCUCCGUCAACUCCGACUAUGAGACCUACAUGUCAGCCGAUGACCUCAGGAUCAACCUCUGGAAUCUGGACAUCACCGACCGCAGCUUCAACAUUGUGGAUAUCAAACCAGCCAACAUGGAGGACCUGACGGAGGUGAUCACGGCGGCCGAGUUUCACCCUCACCACUGUAACCUGUUUGUCUAUAGCAGCAGCAAAGGUACGCUGCGCCUGUGUGACAUGAGGGAAGCAGCGCUGUGCGACAAGCACUCCAAAUUGUUUGAGGAGCCCGAGGACCCCAGCGCCCGCUCCUUCUUCUCUGAGAUCAUUUCUUCUGUAUCAGAUGUAAAGUUCAGUCACAGUGGCCGUUACCUGCUCACCAGAGACUACUUGACAGCAAAAGUCUGGGAUCUCAACAUGGAGAGCAAGCCCCUGGAGACAUACCAGGUUCACGAUUACCUCCGCAGCAAACUAUGUUCCCUUUACGAGAACGACUGCAUCUUUGACAAGUUCGAGUGUGCCUGGAACGGAUCAGACAGCGUGAUUAUGACAGGAGCAUACAACAACUUCUUUCGCAUGUUUGACCGCAACACCAAACGUGACGUGACCCUGGAGGCCUCGAGGGAGAGCAGCAAGCCCAGAGCCGUCCUGAAGCCCCGGAGGGUCUGUGCGGCCGGAGGGAAGCGGCGGAAAGACGACAUCAGCGUGGACAGCCUGGACUUCACCAAGAAGAUCCUCCACACGGCCUGGCACCCGACGGAGAACAUCAUCGCCAUUGCUGCCACCAAUAAUCUGUACAUCUUUCAGGACAAACUCAACUCGGAGAUGCAUUAAUGAGUGGACGUCCCCGGUGGGUGCAACUGAGUUUACACGCAUACACGAUAAUAGAAUGUGCAUUAUUAUCAGUCUUACACACACAUGCCCAGGAAGAUGCCUAAUAAACAACAUACUUACACAAACGCUACUUCAUCUCCUCCUCAACAUCCCAGAACUGAAAGGAUCUUCACAGAAAGACUGGACUGAAAGCAGUUCUUGGUUCUAGUGUUUGAUGAAGUGUUGAUUGCUACGGCUUGGCCUCAAAGGGAGAUAAACUCUCCCCAGACAAAAGACUUGUGCAGUCUGUUUUUAUUUUACUUUUCUCCUUUUCCUCUCCUAUAUUUGUGCACUUGAGUAAAACCUGUUCCUCAUUUUUCCGAUUAAUACUCUAAAGUUUUUUUUUUUGUUUUUUUUUUUACCAGCAGCACCGAUGAGACAUUAAUGUAACAUGUUGCUUGUUUCAUUUCAUAUCAGUCCUCCUGUUUUUGUAACUUCUUGUUAAAUGAUGUUGACAAUGGAAACUAUGACGAUAAGAACAUGAAAUGGUAUGUGUGAUGUUAAAAGGAUGUAGCCCGCCCCUUCAUCCCAAAGCCAUGGCCACCACAGGUUAGGAGAAACGUAAUCUAUAAAGUCAAACAUGGAAGAAGGAAAACAAAUGCACUCACAUUCAACCGUCAGCGCCAAGUGAGAAAAACAAAAAAGUCCAAACGUCUCUGCUUUUGGUCCAGGCCCACAUUGUGUUCUGUCUCGACACACAUUCAAAAAAGAAAAUCAUACUUUCACCAAUCAAACAAAACGACGCUGCAUGUGAAGACUAUUUAUCAAUUGACUGAGACUUGGCUGCCUUCUUUACCUUAUAGAGCCAGCUGUACAAAGCUUUAGGGCCCCCGGGGCUCCGUGCAGCAGGAAUGACCUUAGAGGACCAAGCCCUCCGACCUUUUGUUGUGUCCUCGGGACACUGAAGCAUGUUUACCCCGUGUUCGGUUUAUACUUAUGAAUGAAAACAGCUCCUGCUCACUGGAACUGCGAGACGAGAAAAACGGGGAAUGUUUUUGAUCAAUGUACUUUCAAAGAUUACAAAACAAAAAAAAAUUAAGGGGCCUCAAAGGUGUCUGCAUAUAUCAGCUGUCUGACAUGUAUGUAUUUAUUUUUUUUAUUGACCAACUGCAGACUUCUAAAACUGAUGAUUGCCUCCUGCCGGCUACAGCAGAGAGAUGGUACUUCAGCCUCUUUCUCAGCGAUUCUUUUGAAGCUUUUAUGUUGAACAAACAACUCUACAUCCUUACUCACAUAUAUUUUUCUUGAUCCUGUGUUGACAAUAAUGUCAAAUGGACAGUUAUAAAUAAUGUUAAUAUGCUUUUUUUCUGAAUAAAGGACUCAAUGAAUUUGCAUCGAA